GUACAAAUCCCCCAGCAUAGCUUCACAUGCUGUGUUGGCAAUAUUAUAGUGUAUACAUACAUUGACUGAUGUGGGCUUGGCACAUAGUAUCUCAAUGGAGGUAUAAUAUAGCCCUAUCUCCACAUGCUAUAGUAUGUAUAGUGCAGCACAACUCCACGCAAAGACGUAUUCAUUACCAUCAGUACACACAUGCACAUACCCCACACAUAACCUCUUCCUCCCUGACAUUCAUACGCAAUAAAACAUAUAUACUGUGUGUAUGUAUGACAAUUUUUUAUAGUAUGCUUGCAAUGCUGCAGUAGUGGUAUUCAUGUGAUGGACAUUAUCAUCACAUGACCCUAGGUGAUUAUACAGUGAAAGCGACUUGUUUUUUCACUCAUCCCCCUUUGCCACAGUAUCUACUAGCGGAGUUACCAUGACAACCCACCGACACACCCACCUACCCGCCACAGUCAUACUAGCAUUGGUCGCCAAGGCAAUAUCUCUUGGCCACACCCAGUCAGAGAACAUGACAAGCAGUUUGGAUCCCGAAAUCGUGGCUACAGCGACAGAAUCGUUUGUGCCGAUGGUGUCCAUGACAGUUGGUUCAGGGAUGAUGCCUUCUGAGAUGUUUACAAUGACGCAAUCCAUCUCUAUGUCCUUCAUGCUCCUGCUUCUUCAUCUUUCUUUCUCUCUCCCUCUCCCUCUCCCUCCUCCUCUUCACAAAUGGUGGUACCCACUUCAACAAUGUUGCCAUCAGCCUCUCCAGUCGAAACAGUAACUUCUAUGACAUCAUCAGCCGUCAUGGAAACAAUCUCCAUUGCUCCCAUGGAGACACCCACAACUCCACCAACAGCUCAGCCUCCUAUCACAACAGAUCCCACGUCUGAACCAAUCCUUGGAACUGGUCCCAUCAUUGCGAUUGCAGCAGGAGGCGGUAUCCUGCUGGCAAUAAUAGUGAUUCUCUCUAUCAUCUGCUGCUGUUACUGUGUGAGAAAGUCAAGACGCAGUGCCACGUAUGACAUCACUCGCGGUCGACCUGUCUACGUCGUGAGGAGAUGGGACGAGGGAACGGACCAUGUUCCUAACAGAGGAGGCUCCUUCAGUGAGAAAAAAGGCAGCUCCAUCAGCAGCUCUAUCUCCAGUAUUGCCUCCAUAAUUCUAGGCAGCCUCAAACGAAAUCGCAACAAUUCCCAGUCGCACAGCGGCGCUGACAUCAUCGCAAACCUGCAAGUCCUGAAAGUCACUCCAGUAUAAUCACUCUUUAUAAUCCAUAGCAAUAUCUCUUAUAGCCCAGCGAUUUUUCUUGUUCUUUGUAAGCACGUAUAUAUUAUUGAGCAUACACUUGUUCGUAAAUUGCUCUCAUUACUGUAGUUUUUUUGUAUCCCAGUUGGCAAUUUACAAAAAUUAUAGCAGUUCUCAUAUGCUUACAAAAAGAAAAAAGUUUAUUUUUUUGUUACCAGAAAGAGCCUAAAUAAUGUGAACAUGUCCAUCUUCGCUACCGCAGACAAAUAUUUUCCCUUCGGCAGACGCUAUGCCUUGUGGCACGUACCACUCCCCUUCCCCGUAACCACGGCAACCUAGUGACCUCACGAACUCCCCAGAGGUGCAGAACACAUCAACGACCGAUCGUUUUAAAUCCGAGACGUAGAGAUGGUCGUUAACGACGUGAAUUGAGCUCGGUUUCAUGUCACAUUCGUUUCUAUUUAUCGUCUGCAGACAUUUUCCCUGUUUUUCAUUUCCUUGUUGAGCCGAAAAAACUUGAAUUUUUCCCGCACCGUACUCGGCAACGUACAUCCGUCCGUGCUCGUCAAAUGCCACGUCGCUAGGGUCGUUGAACGAAUUGCUGUCGCCGUGGGCAACAGUCCGAAGGUACGCCAAGUUCGCAUUAAAUACCUGGACACGCCCGUUCUUCUGGUCGGCGACGAAAACCUCGCCACGGUGACACGUCACACUGUGCGGGUACCGAAACUCGUCAUUUGCGUCUCCCCCCUCGUCAUUUCUUUCCCGCGCCUCGUGUCCUACUUGGUUCAGAAGGUCACCCGUUUCACCGCUGAACUUCUGUAGCUUGUGACGACUGGUGACGUACACAUCGCCAGUUUCAUUGUCAACGGCUACACCAGUCGGCUGGUCCACUCUCCCUUCCCCAAUCAUCCUCUUCAUUCGUUGCGGGUUUGCGAUAUCGAAAACUGACACAAGAUUUCCGGUUUGCUCGCACACGAGCACUUCGCGACGAUUGUUUAUCGUCAAACUGCACGGCUUCUUGAGCGGUCUCUCUCUAGUCCCAAUGAAAGCCCGCGGAGUGAGGGGGCAUUCGGGGUCAGGGUACACGCAGAGAAAGGCCAACUUCUCCUGUGGCCUGGCUCUACCGAGUCGAACAGCGAGAGAAUACCGCCCCGAAUGUGUGGGUGUGAACGAAAUCUCGAAACUUUUUUCGUGGGUUGCAACGGUACACUGGAUGGGGUUGGGGGUCGAACCGACAAGGAAAGCCGAGAUUGGGUCAUUUUGAGACAGCAACCCUGGGUUCCCUGCGAGGUCGCAUGCCUCUAAUUUGAUCGUGCAACUGCGACCGACCGUAGUCGGUUUCUUUGGAAAGGCAACGACGUGACAUCUCGGCUCUUGAAACAAAGAUUGGUUAGCUCGCAGGCGUUCUACUUGCUUUGUCAGUUGCUCGUUUUCCAGGGCCAGGGCUGUACUGGCUCUAAUCUGCUCCUGUAAUUGGCCAUUGUAGUGAGCUAGCUGCUGCGCCAGGCGUUCAUUUUCCUGGGCUAGAGCCGUUCUCGCUAUCGCUUGCUGCUGUAGCUGCUGCUUCAAUCGUUCACAUUCCUGCGCCUGAGCUGUCUGCAGCCUUGUCUGAUGCUCUAGUUGCUGGACUAGCUGACUGUUGUACUGAACCAGUUGAUCAUUUCUUCUCUGACCCAGUGUGCGAAUCUCGCUCUCUUGUUGGCUGUGUAUCUGCCUCAAUCUCUUGUUUUCCUCUUCCACAGAUACCAUUCUUUGCUGCAGUUGAGUGCACAACCUCUCCUGGCCUUGCAGGUUGUCCUUGUCUCCCACUUGUUGAGCUCUCAGGCACUGUAGUUCAUACUCCAAUGUUCGAACCCUCCCCUGCUCCGCCUGUAGUGCCUGCCUUCCUUGUGCCUCCUGCUGCAGCCGAUUCCUGUCUGCUAAAUUCCUACCCCGCUCCCUCUCCGCCAUCUCCUUUUCCCUCUCUAGCAAAUCGCGCAGGCUCUCGUUUUCCUCUCUCAACGCUGAAACCGUUUCCUUCAAAAUCCGUAAACCUUUGUCGGUAUUUUCCUCUUCCGCCGGCUUUCGCGGCAGAACUCCCGCCUUUUCGCAGUUCUCCAGGUACCUCUUGUCACCCAUCAGCGCAGAAAGCUGCUCUAAAAUAAGUUCAGCACUCGGUCGCUUGUCUUCUCUGUUUUCGAGACAUUCUAGGAUGGGGUGGUCGAGCAGCGGGUGCUCAACUUUGCGGAGAAUUUCGAUGUGCGAUUCGCGUCGUUUCCACUCCGGGACCACCUUGUAGGAGAGCACGUUUUCAUCUCUCUUUGUAAAAUCUUUUGUUGGAUAGGGAAAGAGUUUCGUGGCGAUCUGGAGCAUGAGGACGCCCAUUUGAAAUGAGUCCAUCUUCUCCGUGGGAUUUGGGACCGAACCUGGCAUUAGUGCCUCUGGAGGCAUGUAAACUGGUGUUCCUGGGCAUCUAGUGUGCGUCAGGGAUGACUCCUUUUGUCCGUCUUUCAAAAGGCUCACUCCAAAAUCCGAAAUCUUUGCAGUAAACUGCGGUGGGCUCGAGAGUAGGACAUUGUUACUGGAUAAAUCUCUGUGGACUAUGCCUCUCGAAUGAAGGUAUCUUACUCCACUGGCUAUGUUGUGGCUUAUGUUCAGCUGAAGGUAGUAAGGCACGGCUGUGCAUUUGUGACGUACUUCUAGAAAUGCGGUAAGCGUUUCGGUCAUGAGCUCCAUCAGUAAUACGGUCCGUCCCGUUUCCGGAUGGGACGACAUGCCGUAAAACCGGACGAUAUUGGGAUGGGUGCAGCUCCAGAGCACGCGGCACUCCUGCGCGAAGCGGUUCCGCGGUUCCCGCCUCUCGUUGUGUCGUCCAGGAAAGAGCGGUGUCCUGGCCAGAACGUCGUGUAGGAUUUUGGCCGCGCACGGGACGCUGGCCUUGCGUACCUCCGCAUACGCUCCGUUCCCGACCUCCUCGCCGAGUUCGACUCCGUGUAACAGCAAUAUGUCAUGGUCCUGCACGGGUCCUUGGAGCGCUGCGGCUGCUGGAACUCUCACUCUUGGCCUUGGUAACGGCUGGGCCAUAUUCUGCUUGCACUACUGCUACUCCGGGCC